CAAUAACAUACUGAUAGAAAAUAGAAAAAUAUCCUACUACAAUUUAAAAAAAAAAAUCAUUUUUAAAUAGUGCAUUAUAUAAUUACGUAAUUUUAGAAACCUAUAUUUUACAAACAAAAUAAAUUUUUAUUUAUGAGUUAAAUAAUAUAUUUUGAGAUAUGCAUUAUAUUAAAAUAUUACUAUACUUUUUUUUUUUUUAAAUAUAAAGUGUAAUAAAUAAUUGGUAGGCUAGGAAAGGCAUUAAAUCACAAAAAACUUUCUCAUCUUCAUUCAGUUCAGCUCAAUCUCAGGUACAGUUAGAUACUCAAGAUGCUGACGGACGAGGCAAAACUCUUGCUAGGCUUUCCUACUAAUUCUUGCCCAACUGCUUGUCAGGUCAAAGCUGCUUAUAGAAGGAAGGUAUGGGAGACUCAUCCUGAUUGCUUUCCAGUUCAUCUCAAACCUAAUGCAGAACUCAAAUUUAAAAUGAUUUCAGAAGCAUACACUUGCCUGCUUUCUGGUGCAAGACGAGAAGGUGAACAUGGAGUUGGAUAUUCGCGUGUUGUAAGAAGAGGAGUUCCUCGAGGAGGAAGAGGAGGGAGGAGAAACCAUGCACUGAUAGGACUUCCCUUUCUUUUUAUCAUUCUGGGAACUGCAGCACUGGGAGGAACAAAUAUCGCCAGGUCCUACAGAAAACAGAAGGCAGAUUAUCCUUCUCAUAAUCCUUUUCUCCCUUGAUUAAUCGUAACACACAGUGUGUAUAGAUAUGGUAUAGUCCUGUAUGAAAUGUAACUGAUUCAACAAGCACAUUUGUGUACUUGUGAAGUUGUUCAUAAGGUCAUGAAUCCAUUGAAGCAAUAAUCCUUUUAUCUGUUGUAUUUGCUUCGCGCACGACUGUUGCACAUUUGGUAAUUGAAAUUCCCCAUGUUGGUCUGGAAUCAGCUUUUCUCCAUGUUGAGACGUUAAAUUUGCACAUUUGGUAAUUGAAAUUCCCCAUGUUGGUCUGGAAUCAGCUUUUCUCCAUGUUGAGACGUUAAAUUGUUAGCUCGUUCUGUGCUUCAACUUAAGUGUCAUCCCUCUGCUACUUCAUAUCGGUGGUGUGAAGUAGACCCUUGUGGUCCAGCCCUUUCCCAGACCUCACAGAUAGCGGGAGCUUUAAUGCACUGGACUGCCCUUUUUUUUUUU